AUGCUGUUGGAAAAUAACUAUCCAUCAACAUUUAACAGACAGAACAAAAUCAGCAGAGCGUCAAAACUAGAACUGCAGUCAGUCCCAAAGAAGGAUGUCUUUAUCAGCCUUCCGUACAAAGGUGACUCUCAGAGUGCAAUUCUGAAGCAGAGACUUAACGCUGCUGUUAGAAGGACUUACUAUGCAGCCAGGGUUCCAGUAAUCGAAACCACGAAGCCCUUAUAUUCCCCCAAACCCCCACAGCAUGUGAACGAUAAUGUCACAUCCCAUUGUAUCUACCAAUUCAAAUGUACGUGUGGUGACACAUACAUAGGGAGGACUAAUAGAUCCAUGCAAGUAAGGGCCUCGGAACAUAUUCCAAAGUGGCUUCAGAAGCAAAUUAAAUCACCUGAACCUAUAAAUGUUGGUAGCAGACGUUCAAGUUCUUCCAUCGCUAAACAUAUCGUUGAGACAGGUCACAGGAUUCAUAUGGCUACUUCCUUUACACCUAUUUACAAAACAUGUUGGGGAGGGAUCCUGAAAUUUGUUGAAGCCUUAGCUAUUAGGAAGUUUAAACCACCUUUAUGUAUUCAUAAACAAUUUGUUGUCACAUUAAACCUUCCUUGGUAA